AUGGAUUCAGCAGAUGACGCAUCAUUUGUCCACCUACCGGACGAGAUGCUGAGAUUCGUCCUCCAGCACUUCCCGGCCUCGGAAUGUGCAGCCAGGCUAGGCCAGUUGACGUUGCGUGGCCGAAAGCCCAUCUCAACACCACACUAUGUCGUCCCAACGUCGAGAGGUGUAAUACCUCACCUGUCGCAUGACAACGUGCAGAAACACACCAAGAUCUCAGCCGUCUACGUGCCUCUGGAAGACUUUAUCGAGAAAUCGAAUGCGCCCGUCUACAACACGCCCUGUACGGGCAAAGAGUCGCGUCUACGACGGUACACUGGCUUGCCGGAGCCAUGUUUGUCGAUCUUAGGCCCUAGGCGAGUGCCCUACAUCCCCUGUCCGGCACACAACACGAACUCGUCAAUAGCCAUUUCGACCUCGGUGGGCUUCAGGUUUUUGGACGUGGACAAGUAUAAUGAGGCUAUCAACAUCCUACGGCCCGAUAUCUCGAUAAGCAUCGCAGACUUGAUCAACACGACAAAUGCCAGUGUCAAGAGAGUAGAGAAGAGUGCCGACAGGACACAUGCCUGGCUGCGAGAUUUCGUAGAGGACAACGACGGAAGAGACCACCAAGGACCGUUCUUCGCCUCGAUCCCUCCUGUCGAGACCGAGCUGAUGUCACUGUAUCUCUCUGACCUGAGCGAUGAGUACAGAUCGCACAUCUCAGGCUUGUGCUUAUACUCGUCGUCGACGGUGUUAAGCCUGCCAGACGCCCUGCGCGACACCCCGAAGCUAUGCCUUGCCGAUCCACAGACGCCGCAAGCCGUCCUUGCGGCGAUUCAUGCCGGGGUCGACAUGCUUACAGUCCCGUUCGUGACACAGUUGUCCGAACACGGCAUCGCCUUCUCAUUUACCUUUCCUGGCGUCCCGGAACGACCCAACAACGACAUGCACACGCACACGCACACGCACAUGCCCCUGGGCAUCGACCUGUGGUCCACGAGCCAUGCCACGGAUCUCUCCCCUUUGAGCCCAAAUUGUACCUGCUACACCUGCACGCGGCACCACCGCGCUUACGUCCAUCACCUCCUCCAAGCCAACGAGAUGCUCGCGUGGACGCUCCUCCAGAUCCACAAUUUCAGCGUCAUCGACACGUUCUUCGCCGCCAUUAGGGCGAGCAUCGAGCGCGGGACCUUCUCGGCAGAUGUCCACACAUUUAGCCAGUCGUACGAGUCCGAGAUGCCCGCGCAAACCGGUCAGGGACCCCGAGUGAGAGGCUACCAAAUGAAGAGUAUAGGCGGGGGCGAACCGAAGAAGAAUCCCAAAGCGUACGGCCGGUUGGACGAUCAGAUGGAGAAGCUUCGCGAGAGCGAGAGUGGGAUUGCGACGCCCGAGGGCAAGGCCGAGGAUCUUGUAGAACACGGCUUGGCCGAGAGGGUCGAAAGGCUGUAA